UGAAUCGAUUAGCAUUUGCACAUCUCCAAAUCAAAAAAUGGCGAAUUGUGUUGAAAAUUAUUAAAAAAUAAUUUGAUUGGUACGAUUCCUAUAAAUAUAAAAGCGCAACAGGUGUGUUUGAUAAAAACGCAAGUUUAAUGAUUUAAAUAAAAUUUCAAAUAAGCACAUGUAAGUUAGAACUGUGCGCGUGCGUUAUUGGGCGAGACAUCUAAGUUCUAUUUGCCACUCCCUGGAUCAGGCAGACUUGGUUAUCUGGCAUCUGGCAUAAAUGAACCAAAACCAAAUCCAGCAACUGACCUCACACCUAUCGCAGGCUCUUGAUCAAAACUAUGAUGUCGUUAAUAUGGAGGCGGUUCUCUCUGUUAUUUGUGCACUGGAAGGUACAACGAUCACAAAAGAGCAAUUGGAGGCCACCAGAUUGGCAAAAUACAUAAACCAACUUCGACGAAGAACUAAAAAUGAUCAGUUAGCUCGGCGGGCAAAAUCACUUUUAAAGAAAUGGCGAGAAAUGGUUGGAAUUCAUCAGCAGACUACAAUCGAGCCUCAGCCGCAGCCAUUGGCUCAUUUGUCAUUUAAGCCGAUUGUUGGUACACAUUUUCCAGAAACAGAAUCGAACACAGUUGAAGUUAUGGUAAAUUCAACUCAGUACACUUCGCAAUCCUCGCCGCCGUCUUCACAGCGAGUUAACACUGAUUUACACCCAAACGUCGAUUCCUCUGAGCCACAUCAUAUUAACUUCUCAAGUUUGAUAAAUAAUAAUAUUAAUACUGACAAUCGUGACGACUCUUUAGCAAUAAUAAGCAAGUCGAUAAAACAUCCGAGAACUAUUGAAUCUAAAUCCCAAAAAUCAGCAACAUUUAUAAAUGAGCACUCCUCCAAUUCUGUAUCAAGUGUGAUGGUGGCCAAUGAAAAAUUAAAUGAGACUUCUAUUGUGAUUGACAUUGUCUCUGAUUCCGAUGAAAAUGAUUCGCAAAGUCAACCAGUCAACAAUCACCAAAAACUCGCAACAGUUUCGUCUUCGUUAGCCCUGCCCGCAGUCUAUCCCAGGCCUAAAAAAAUAAAAAAGGAUAAAAAGCGUAAGGAAAAGGAUGGUCGGGAUAAGCCGUCGCAAUUUUAUUUCAAUGAUGGAGUUCCACAACAGCUCACAAAUGCGAAUAGAUCUAAUUUGAAUCGGAUUCCGGUAAAAGAAGGGAGAAUGUCAAAAACAAAUCCAACGGAUCCAGAAAUUUUAUCAUUGUCGAAUAGCUCGAUGAGCUCAAUCUUAUCUGGAGAUGCAUUUUCUGGGAGCUCCCAAAAUCGACCUCGCACCACUGCAGCAGAAUUGACAUUUGCAGGCAGGUUUAAUUCUGUCAGUCGACCGGACACCUCAAAUUAUGUUAACGCUGUGCAAGCAAAUGGUCAGAAAAAGAUUUGCCAAGUUAACGAUCCACCAAGCCUAGACCUGACGAUACCACAAAUGUAUGAUGAUUUUAUUAAUAACGACUCAAGUACCUCUUGCAGUCGAUUAUCGCCGUAUGAGGAGCUAGAGGCAAAGCCGGGUCAAAAUAAUUCAAAGGCAUCUACCGAAGCAACCCCUAAAAAGCGCGGCCGGAAGAAGGGCUCCAAAGGUGUCGAUUCACUUAUUGCCAAGGAGUCAAGUCUUUCCCAGCAAAUUUUGUUUGGUUCUGGUGUUAAAAAAGUAAAAACCACAAAAGAACUCUUCAAUGAUAUGCAAAGUAGAAAGCUAAGUAUUUCAUUCAAUCGCGGCGAUUCAUUACCAGCAGUUGCGAAUAAGAUUACAAAUACAACCACACUUCGGAAUCUGGAAUCCCGAUCUUUAAUAGCCAGACCAACAUCAUCUUGUUCAGAAACAUCAAUCCACUCACCCCAUACAUUGGAAGCCUACUCAACAAAUGUUUCUCAAGCAGGAACAGAGAAACUUUCAAAUAUACUAGAAGGUAUACUAGAGCCUGGAAACACAGAUAGUGAUACGAUUACAUCGGAGCCUUCACGGGACAGCAUGAAAUCACGAAACAUUAAGAGAAUGAAUUCUUUGGAUAGCAACAGUAAUUCCCUUCAGACUACAUCGGUUUUAACAUCGUCAAAAGAUUAUAACGAUGUGACAACGCAGCUAAUGCAUAUGGUUCACAAUUUAAAUAGCCCGCUAAGUGUUAACGAGACUGAAAAGCUAUAUCAGGCUCAAAUUGUGCCAUGCACUUGUAUUGUUGUUGAAGAUAUACCAAAAGAGUCGUCCGCACAUGAUAACAUUGAUCACUCAGAUAUGGAAGCAGAUUCGAUAAACAAGGCUACAUGUGAUAUUGAGACUGUCCGAGACAAAAAGCACAGUGAGCAACCAUCGUUGAAAACUGAUAAUUGCGAUGUUGAAGAAGCUCCGCUUUUGAUUUCUCAAAAACCAAUUAAGUCCAUUUUUGAUUUAGACUUUGAUGACGAAGACGAUCCAUUGCAAUCAAUUAUAAAAAAUAUUUCGUUACCAGAGUCAAAUUUAAAACAGGACCCGGAUGAUUAUAUUAAAUCGAGUUUCACUGUUAGGUCGCUUACUGAAGAAAAUAAAGACUUAAAAGUUGUCAGUGACAGUUAUCUAGAUCAAGAAGCUAGCAAUAUAGUGUUAGAACCAAUUUCUGUUUACACUGUAUAUGAAGACCCUGACUGCGUUGCAAAACAAAGGUUUGAUGUGCAAACGAAUGAUGUUACCAAUUUUCAUAUAAAUGCAUUACACAACUAUUACAUACCAAACAUUAACGGCAAUUGGAAUAGCAUUGAUUCCUCUAUUGUUUUAACGACAACAGUAAUGAAAUUUCUACAGUCAUUGGAAUCAUACACAGUAACCGAUGGCGCCGACGUUGUUCCAAAAUAUGGCUCGCUCACAUAUGAACGUAUACGUAAGGAUCUAAGCUAUCUUAAAUUUGAUAGAAAUUGGAAAUCGAAAAGUUUUAAAUCGUUUAUACCACCGUUUUUGGGUGUUGCCAAAUGUUUACCAACUUGUCGACUGGCAGCAAAACGGCUGAAGGAUAAAACGAAAGCAUUGUCCACAACUAAAAGUGUCGAGACGAUAAUCAAACUUGAGGAACCUGAAAUAAUUAUUAAUUAUUUUGAAAAAAAUAAAGGAAGCCCCAGUCCGCUAAGAGUUGAAGUCGAUGCAAAUGGCAAUAGCGGUGAAAACCAAGCGCAAACACAAUCUUCUGAAGAUGACCCUUUAAUGAAUAAUAAUGCCACUCUUAGUUUUAAUUUGCUUAAGUUGGUAAAUAAUAAUGAAGGUCGCAAAAGUAUCGUAGAUGAUCAAGUAAAUAGUAAGCCAACAAUCGAUGGGUUGGAUAAUCGAAAAGGCAUUCGCUGCAGUAGCGACAGCAGCUGUAGUAAUUCCAGCUUACAAUUAACACAAGAUUCAAUAAAUGAAAAACUAAGAAAUCAAAGGAAUCUAUCGCUUACCUCAGAGCAAUCGCAAUCGGAACGUAAUGUCGAAAGAAAUAGGAAAAAGCGCAGAAAAGCAAGGCAUGCUGAAAGCAACGAUGGCAUAGACUUUGGUAAUAAUAUAGAGAUUGCUAAUACAUCAAUAGACGAAAAACCACUUAUUAAACGCAUUAAAAUUGCCAUUAACGGAAAUGUCGCCACUCAAAGACAGAUAUCAGGCAUAAGUAGCAGCAACAAUAGCAGCGAUGACGAGCAUGACGACGAGGUAGGCGGUGAAGCACGAAGCGAAGUGAGCGACCCAGAAGUUGGAUACAAUACUUCUGGUUACUCUCAGAUAGGUCUAGCUGCAAGCGAUGAUGAACAAGAGUCAAACAGAAGCCAUUCAACUACAAUCGAUAGCAUAGCGGCGGACGACGAUGGGCAUUUGGAAAACGAAUAUGAAAAUAGCAAUGAUGAAGAAUAUGCAAUCGUGCAAAGGCCUAUGGUUGGUGUGGCUAACAAUCACAUUGUGUUGACAAUAAAAAAAACACCCAGUAAAAUGAAUUCUCCAGUUAAUUCAAUAUCAGCAAUCUCUCCGAAUGUUGGUCAGGCAAGCGCUUCUGUUGCCGGUACCCUUGAAGCUCACACUUCUAAGAAUGCCCACUUUGCAACAACCAAUACCGAUAGCAAAAUUGAAUAUCCCGAAACGGAAAUAAUCGGCGAAUAUCAGCGAAAAUUCUCUCUGGCACCGAUGGUAUUCUGUACCGAUGAAUUGCAUAGAUUAGACCCGGACAGACCGUUCCUGACGUCAAAUACCUGCCAAAAUAAUUUGAAAACAAGUUACCAAUAUUGUCGUCGUCGUCGUCGUCUUCGAUAUCGGCGCCCUCGGGAUUUAAUAUGCCCGAAGGAAACCAUAGAUAUAGAACUAAAACAUUUAUUUAACAAUGUUACCCGAAGUACCCAAAUGUUGUUAAAACCACAUCGAAAAUUAUUUUUCGCAAAUGAAUUAUGUAGGCAGGACGGCGCGGGGCGAAAAGAACGAAUUGUUAAUUAUAGCAGCAGCAGCAGCAGUAGUAGUGGCAGUUGCACAUCAAAUGAUGAAGAUGACAGCGAUCCAGAAGAGAAAAGCAAGCGAGAGCGAAAGCGAUACUCAGCGUUGUCUGAGGACACUGAAAAAUGUCAAAUUGCCGUUUCAAAAACACAAAAAUUAAAGAAUGAGACUGACCCGAAUAUUGCAGCUAAAAAUAUUAAUGACCAAGAGGACCUGUACUUAUAUUCAGAUAGUGAUGAAUCAUUAAAUACUGGUGAAUUUGGGAAUCAACAUAAUGAACUGAAUGAUCCAAAGCUAAACAAGCAGGAUGAAUUACCAUUACAUAACAAUGGUAUGUUGCCCUCGUUCAAUUUCAUUUAUAAUGAUCAGCAGUUAAAAGCUUCGGCUAAUGAGGUAAACGAGAAGGCCUUCGAAAAGCCAUCGUUAAAACUACUUCAAAUUCAGAAUUGUGAUGAUGUCAAUGUAUGCUAUAAUAACAUUAACAUAAGUGUAAUUAAAUCACAUAGUCUAGGUUCUGUUAAGCCCAUCAAUGAUGAUGACAAUGGAAAACAAUGUGUCAUUAAUAAUUUAACUUCGGAAUCGUUGGAAAAAGCUAAAAAUUGUAAUCCAAUUUAUACGGAUGUCUCGUCUGAGUUAAUGCUAUCGCAACCGGCUAUUGAGUAUAGAACUGGCAUUCGAGCUGUUGUCGACGACGCUCCCAGUAAAUACGGCGUGAAUACAACUCAAAUCCAACAGUUCAAGGAAUGGCACGAAGUUCUUCAGCUUCAAUCCUAUAAUAAUGAACCAUUGAUCGUUUUGCCAUACGUUGUGCUUGAAUGAAUAAUUUGAAUAUGACAAUACGUGGGGAUGUGCGUGUAAUCAUGUAUAACCGAAUAAUUGAACCAUUUAUUAUUUGGUAAGUCUGUAGCAUCUGUAGCGUUUGGAUCAUAAAAGUAAACUGUGUGAUAGGAGGUUUUCAUACCAAUAUAAUUAAAGAGCACCAUAGAUAUGCUUGAGAUGAUUCGAAAGUAAAAUAAUUAUAGGUAUUUUCUGCUGGCCCUACCAUUUAAUAUAAAUAUGUGAAUCAACUUUGAAAUCAAUUAAUUUAAGGCGAGUCACUAUCAUUCUGUACUUUUUUUGUUGACUCUAUUAAUAAUAACCAAUAAUUUUGUU